AUCAAAGCAAAUUUCAAAGUUCAUCACUAUUUUUUUUGUUCUCUUGAUUCCAUUUCUCAGUGGCUUGACUUGAUCGCUAUGAGUUUCUUUUGAAUAUGCUUUGUUGUGGCACAAGGAUCCCUUUGACAUUUGGUGAAUCUGUGUCUUGUAUUUUAAAUGUGUCCUUUUGAUAAUUUAUAAAAUUUUAUCAUUUUGAAACAAAUAUAUUUUUGGGACCAGAUAAAUUUUUAAUUUUUAACAAUAUCAAAGAUUUGCUUCUCCUAUUUUCGCUCUUUACAAAAGGCCAAGUAUUUAUUGUGUUUCAGAAGGACCAGGACAGAAUGGAAGAGAAUGGGAUUGGUGUUUCAAUGGAAGUAGGAACUGAACAUGACCGCGAUGAAUUGAUAGAAGGGCAGAUCAUUAAUUCGUCUGAUGGUCUUCCCAACAUCCAUCCAAACUUUUCUGAACUGGAGCUUCAUCCUGUGCCAAGUGCUGAAAAACCUAAUGGUCGCAGUCUUGAUGAACUCAUACAUGAUGAGGAUCUGCCUACUUCAUUGAUAGUUACUAAUUUAGGAAGCUCUGUGUUUGAAAAUGAAGAACAGAGGAGACAACUGGAAGAAAUGUUUCGAGCAUUUGGAGAGCCAGCAACAUUUCAAUUCUUUCGCAGUUUUAAGAGGCUAAGAGUGAAUUAUGGAUGCCCCGCUUCUGCUGCAAAGGCACGAAUUCAGCUCCACCAAACUCAAUUUGGUGGUAGAAUCAUAAAUUGUUACUUUGCACAGACCGUCUCACCUGUGGAUAUAGAGGAUCAGCGUCUUCAGCUCCCACCUCUCACGAAACAAUUUCUCAUUUCACCUCCAGCAUCGCCCCCUGUAGGUUGGGAGCCACAUAGUGAAGCCGAACCCCUGGUUAAUUAUGAUCUGUUGGCUGCUAUCUCAAGGCUUACUCCAGGUGAUUCCUAUCAACUUCACGCUCCAUCUGAUCAGCACCCAGGAAUAGUUGUCCAUGUUUGUGAAGAAGAAUCUCAUUACAAGCCAGAAAAAUCGAGCAGGAUACCACAGACACGCUGCCCUGAAUUUAAUUAAAAGUUAGAAUCUAUGUUUGAAUUAACUUAUUUUGGUUCAUACGGCACAGAACUACGGUACUUUUCUAAUAUUCGUCAUUGUUGAAAAGUGAAGCUCCUGCGAAUUCAUCAGUAGUGAAACGGUCUUGCUUGUUUGCACUGCCCAGACUAACCCAAGCAACAGAGAUUGGUCGUGAAAUGUCAGACUGAUGUAAAUAUGGCGUGUUUUAGGUCGAAAGGAUCUCCCGAUAUGUCAUCUUGACGUUUUGUGACCAAUCUCUUUUACUUUGGAAACCAUCUGUAGUCCUCUUUCUGGUGAGCAGUGGAGUAGCUAUAGCUAUAUGUAGCUCUUUGCUGUGACAGUCAGGGUGCUUUGCCAAAGGUUAAAGCUUUUGUGCCACAAUGUAAUUCUUAUGUUCCUGUAUAGCUAAUCAUAUAUUAUAUUGUGGAGAAUCAUGGACUAGAUUUUAAAAAAAAGAAUCUACAUUGAAAUUACAUUGAAAUCAUCAUUGAUUGAAAGUAUAUGUGAAUGACCAGAAGGUGGCAAAUUUUUCAUUUGUAAAAUGUAGGCUUUAUUUGUGGUAAAACCUAAUUAGAUAAAUAUCUAUACUUCCAGAUUUACCUUUUACUUUUUACCUUGAAUUUGAUGAGUCAAGUGUGAGGAAAGAAGAAUUCAGUACACAAUCCAAACUAUCUUUUGAUGUUGUUUUGAAGAGACUAGGAAGACCAUUUGUACAAUCACCAUUGUUGACAAAAUUGUAUAAUAUGCCUUUUGUUGAAUUUCAUAUGUGUAUAUAUUUUUCUGAUCAUAUUUCAUUGCACUGCCGGUUGUGUUUGUCUAAGUAUUCUCUCACUCUGUCCUUAUCAACCACUUGCUUCCAUCACUAAACAAUAUAUUUUCCUAUUUUCUUCUCUAAUGUAGAAAGAGUGUUCUGUUUCAAGAAAAAGUUGUUCAGGGAACACUUGUAUGAUCAAGUGUUGAAGAAUGGAGCAAAUCACCUCCAUUCACCAACUCUUGCUGUUCUUCUUAAAAUGGAUACGAUAGAAAAAUCUACGGUAUCCUUACCUCAUAUUUAUUUAGCCAUGUGAUAAUGCUUGUACUCUAACUUUUUACUUGUUAUUUAUUGCCUUAAAGCCUAGUAUUAAAGCAAUCUACUGCUCUGUUUAUAUUUUAUGUAUCCUUUCUUUUAGCUAUAGUAAAAUUAUAAAGGAAUAGUUUUCUGUUACCAAGUAUGAAGGCGGUCAGCAUUUUGAAAUAAGUUGAUGUAAAUACUGAGCAAUAUCUCUACUUAGCAUGUAUCAACAGAGUUACUCUCCAUUGUUCAAGAUAGCACCCUUAUUUUUAUGUGUAGAACAUUUUCAGGGCGUUUUGAAUGUUUUCUCUUGUAUAUUAUUUAUAUCUACACAUAUGCAAAUAACUGAAAUGUCAGUUUACGUAAGUAAUCACAUAUCUUCUAAACCUCUUAAGUCUCAUUAUUCAUGUACUUUCAUUCUAGUUAAUUCAGAAUCAAGGCAUUUCUGAACAGGAGCUAAAGUAAUUCUUUUAAAAAUAUAGUGUAUCCAUAAGGUAAUGGCUGUGCUGUGCAAUUAUGUGUGUUACAUAUUUCAUCUUUUCUAUUUUAUGUAGGGUUAAUUAAGGCUCAGAUAGUACAAAGAGAACAGCCCUCAGAUAAUUGCUUAUCUUCCUUCAUUAGAUUUUCUUGUCUUCAUUUUUCUCUAUUUGAGUUGUUCGUAUUUGUCUAAAAUUUAUAUAUCUAUGCUAUGUGUGUCUGUAGUGGGGAUUGUGUUGAUCAAGACAAGUUUUGUUGCUGUGAUUCUGUUAAACCGCCUUGAAUGUUCGGACCAUACUACUAUUCAAAGUUGUUUUGACAACUUGAACAAUUUUAAACCAAGAAACCAACAUACAUUGUGUUUACAAGGGCUUUCUUACCUUACUGUAGAUUUAUAAUUUGAGAUUGUUCUUGUAUUAAGCCUACCACAUAGGUACCUUUUAUUUUCCUAAACUCGGGGAUAUAGGAGAAUUCAGAGCUCAUUUUAAUGAAGCUGAGCUCAAUAUAAAUCUGAUAAUGCUGUUGUAGCUCGGAAAUUACUGAUAAUAUAAGGGAAACAUCUGGAGGGUCCCCUGUCUAGAGGGUCCCCCCUGUAUAUUUUAUUAUUUUUUAUUAUUUUCAUUUUAAAAUUAGUUUUUAAUGUUUAAAUACUAAUUAAAUAUUAAAAUAUUGUUUAAAACUAUUUUGCGAGGCCUGAGGUGUCUAGAAAUUUUCCAUCCUGCUUCUUAUGUUCUGUUUCUUGCGCUCUUGCUCUCAACAGGAGUGUUAAAUGUUGUUUGCGGUCUGUCUAGUAGACAUUUGUCUAGGAGAAUUAGUUGCUCAGUUCUUUAUGCAGUAGGACUUGUUUGGAAGUGUUGAAAUGUCGCAAACUUACAAGUGCUUAACACAUCCCAAAGUUUAACAAAAAUGCUACUGCGCUUCUUUUGGGUUCAUCAAGUGCGGGUCAGUAGUUGUUCUUUCAAAAGCACACUGUGCAACGCAACACAAAUUCAAAAGACUGUGUACUAAAAGUGAUUCACCUUGCAAUUGACAUCUGGACACUGCGCUUGCUGUAUCCAAAGCGAACGCAUUAACAUUUUUGUUUGACAUUUUCAUGUCUUACCCACUUGAAAGUUGACGACAUUUCCACACUUCAGAAAACGUUCUACUGAAUAGAAAACACUAACAUAUAAUUCUAAUAGCCUGAUGUAAACUAUACAGAUCGCAACUAGCAAAGAAACACUUCUUCUAAGAAGCAAGAGCCCUACAGCACAUUAGGAACCAGUAUGAAAAAUUCCUAGGCCACUCUGACCUUUAAAAAGUAGGUGUAAACAAUAUUUUAAUAUUUUAUUAAUAUUUUAAUGUUAAAAACUAUUUUUUUAAUAAGAACUCUAAAAAAUAGUAAAAAAUUCAGGGGGGACCCUCUAGACAGGGGACCCUCCAGGACCUACCCUAAUAUAAUCGGCAAUGUAUUGGUAUGCCGACUACUUUUCAGUGUCAUUGUUAUUCUGCAACAAAGUUUACGUAUUGAUGUGAAGAAAUAAAUGGUGAAACGACACCUAAACUCAA